AUGGAUGUAAGCUAUUACAAAUGCCUUUCCAAGUCGGCUUAUAAAAAAAUAUUCACAGUUUCCAUUUCUUUCAUUAGCCUUAAAUAUCUCAAUUCAUGUCUUCUAAUAUGCAGCAAACCAAAAAAAACGAAAAAGACGACUACAAAAAAGUCUGUUCAACAAACCACUGGGACAGCAGCAAGCACAAGACAAUGGGAAAUUCUUCCCAGCUUGACAGUUAGCGCAGAGCUAGAUGGUACUGUCCUGUCCACUUUGUCUACCAUGAGCACCCAACUGAAUGAAUCUUAUUCACUUGUGGAGAAGGUCUACUACAACAUGGGAGCAACCAAUGGCCAAUUGAUCCAUUCUCAAACACGAGCAGUUCUGGCAACAAUGCCAUUGACAGUCAAUGAGAGUGCCUUCUUGACAUCCAACCAUCCCAUUGCUGAUGUAGUGCAGAGCUACACACAUCAGCAAGCUGAAUUGUGGAAGAGAAAACCCGAAGACAUAUUUUGUAUAUGCUUCAAAGAGCAAAAGCUUGCCAAAAAAGAUAGCUUGACAAAAUCGGAUUUCUUGACGCCGGUCCAGAAAGAGAAAUACUACAAGGCAAUUCACUUAGCUGACAAGACAAACCUUGAGUCUAAGUUUAGUGAGACUGUCGUUGACCUUCUGGACUAUGACAUGUUGUCUUAUAUUGAGUCAGAUGAGGAGAAAAAUAAAACUAGAUAUACUUCUAGAAAUAGACAUCCCUUGAGACUUGCUAACAAGGGACCAGACGUUAUUGACAAUUCUGUCUAUCCAAUUAUUUUGAGAAACACCAAGUUAUCAAACGAGAAAAAGGCGUGUGUUGCUGCUGUUAUAUUUUUAGAAAAGAAGAAAAACAAAGUGCAGACAAGAAGUAUGGCCAAGAAAAUGGUAAAUGUCAGAUAUUAA